CAGGCCUGCAUAUGCAGAAGUUUUCCGGGAAUCUUCGUCUUCUUUCUCCCGUCGAUCGGGGUGUUGUCCUCCUUCCUGGUCUCUCUAACAGGCCUCUGACCUGCCUCGCCCUCGUUCUCCGUCGUUCUCAAUAUCGUCGACCAGGUCUGUCUUGUGCCGACGAAAGGAGCGUCUCCUUCUAGAAAGAUGAAGCGAGCUGUUUCAUUCAAUGUUUGUUUUCUUUCUCUCCUUCCGAGUCUCUCUUCCCCUGAGUGAGUCUCUUGACACCUCCCCCCGGCACCGCUCGCAACCAACUUCUUGUCUCUCUCUUUCCUCUCUCGUCUCGGCGGUCCUGUGUCGACUUCUCGUCUCUCCUCAGUCUUCUCCCAUCCUCAGCAGAGCCAUCGCUCUACCCUUGUGCCUCUCUCUCUUUGUGCCUCUCUCUCUUUGUGCCUCUCUCUCUCUACCUCUGGAUCUUCUCUCUCUAUCUCUGGAUCUUCUCUCUCUAUCUCUGGAUCUUCUCUCUCUAUCUCUGGAUCUUUUCCCUCUAUCUCUGGAUCUUUUCCCUCUAUCUCUGGAUCUUUUCCCUCUGUCUCUGGAUCUUUUCUCUCUACCCCUGGAUCUUUUCUCUCUACCUGUGGAUCUUCUCCCUCUACUAUCUCUUGGUCUUCUCUCGCUACCUCUUGACCGUCUCUCUCUCUUCCUCUUGUUCUUCUGCAUCCACCUGUCUUUUUUUUCUCUCUGUCUCUCCAUUUGCUUGCGGCCCCUCUCCCCCCAGACUUUGUGCCUCGGGAUUUCGUAAAACGUCCCCACAGAUCUUCACUUCUUCGGAUCCACAUACUUCGUCGCCUUGUCCUUUUUGCAGCCUUGACGAUUUCCUCCCACUGCAUUUGUGUCUCUCCGGUCUUCCCCUGUUCCUCUCCUUUUCUUUUCUUCGUUCUUCUCGCCUGCUCCCCUUCUUCAUCUCUUUCUGCAUCUCUUUCUUCCGUCCGUGGUUCUCUUCGUUUCGCCUUCUUCUUUCGUUUUUCCCCUCGUUUCCCCCGUUUCUAUGUGCGGCUCUCUCUGGUGCUGUUGAAAGAUGUCCAGACGACUCGGCCUCCUCCUCGAAAUCAGAGGGCAGCAGCGCUGCUCUUCAGAAGCUCUUCGUCGCCGGACUGGGUUCCCUCUUUCUUCUCCUUCUCGACUUCAGCUGUCUCCACCUUCUCCCCAAGAUACUCGCCUCCCCUGCUGGCGCCUCGCCUCUCUAGCGACUGUGUGGGGUGUCUCCCCACAUGCGGCGGUCGGAGCCGGGAGCUGGCGGGAGCAGACCCUGCAUCGCGAGAGAGCGAAGGGCGCGUCUUCCAGGAGGCUCCGAGAAAGCGUUGAAGAGGCAGCGGAAGAGAACUCUCCAGAAGUCUCUUUGCCGCGCAUGCAGACGCGUGUGUCUCCUUCCGCCAAUCCUUCGUCGCCUCUCUGUCCGCCUGCAAGAGAGAGGCUCGAAGACGUUUUUCGCAGUGCCUCCCCCCAGUCUCCUUCUGUCUGCCGUCUCUCUUCCUCGCUCUCUGCGUCUUUCUCUCCCUGUUUCGCUCCCUUCCGCUCUCGUCCUGUUUCUCGUUCGUUUUCGUCGUUUUCGUCGCAACGACGUUCUCUCUCUUCUGCCGGGGUCGUCGCGGCUCUGACCGCGGGUGCUUCUCCAUGCGCAGCCGCUUGCCUUCCAGGACGCGAACCGCAUGGUGCCUCUGUCGCCUUUUUCUCGCUCUCGAGGCGGACGCUGGCGCCGCAGUGGUUCUCCGCGGUGUUGGGGAAGCUCCAGGGCGUCGUGCAGAGGUCGGACGCCGCGAGGCAAAGCGUCCAUCAAGGCGCAACUGCAGCGGCAGACUCGAUGCGCGAGCUCGGCCUCCUCGGCGCCGCCAGCGCCAUCGAGCAGAAGGCCUCGGCGUUCUUUUCGCGGCUGACAGAUGUGCAGCAGCGGCAGCUGGAGAAGCAAGGCCUUCUCGCAAGUCGCUUCUACCGCUUUCUGGUGAUUUCUUUGAUGGAGAAAGAGGGAACAUUCACAUACUACGACUUCUAUGUGUGGCGAAAGGGCUGUUUGGCCUACCUGAAGGCUGCUGAAGAAGAAAUGCAGGGAAUCGUCGGAAAGUCAGCCAGGAAGCUGGCCGAUCUCGGAUGGGAGAAACUCCGGCCUUCGACCUCUCCAGAGUUCAAGGAGAUGGAGCUGCACUUGAAAAUUCUCUCGCACUUUACUCCCGAAGAACUGUCGAGAGACACCGCAGAACAAUUCACUUCUGCGGCGAUCAAAAACAUCGCCAAGGCCGCCGAAACGUCUGUGAAGAAUGUGAAGAACGUCCUCCUCGGUCACGCCAUUGCUCUCACAGAUCGAACUUGGUACAUGCGUCUGAUGGAGAUGCAAAGGCCCAUCCCUCAGAGUGUAGAAGACUACCUCUUGCUUGCGGAGACAGAUCGCCCCUACAUGAUUCGCCUGCCGUAUGGAGAGAAGUUUUACAACUACGAGCUGGAGGAAGCGCUCGCGAAGAAACGCGCGUCUGAGCGGCACAAGUCCCAGAGAGACGUUCCUCGUCUCGGCCGAAAGCAGCACCGCAUUCGUCGAUUGUUUGUUCCAAACGCUCGAGUGGCCUUCGACCGUUGGGCGCGGAUUCCUCACGCGCGUCUGGACGCCUACGGCAACUUCCUUUACCGCUUGAACCAGCCGGCGAAGGGCGCAGCUGCGGUUGCGCGCGCGGCUGAGCGGGAGAAGCUCCGCGUAGAGAUGUCGGAAAAUGCAGAGUUCUACUCCGACGCGGCUCUCUCUGCAAGUCGCAUCACCCUCAACAACUUGCCUCCAGGGGCCUUUCGGCGACGCACCGGCAUGCAGAGAAAGAGUGGAGAGAUUCAUCACGUCGCGCCUCCCAGAGAUCCCGUGCUGCGCGAGCUCUUCGCCGCCGCCAUUCAGCGCGAAAAAGACGAGAAACGAAACAGGGAACGUCGAGCGCAGGAGGACGCAGCAGCCGCGGAGAAGAAGGACGCAAACGCGCCGCAGACGCCCUGGGGAACGCACUCGAUAUGGGGGUGAAGCAGUCGACAGCUUCUUCGACCGAGUGCAGAGCGGGAGAGACGCUUCGGAGGCACGGUCACCACGCGGGUGCAGGUGCAGGAGGCAUUUGCGACCGGUUUUGUUCCACUCGGAAGUGAUCAGCGAUGCGGAACUCUGUAGCUCAAAUCGGAGAAACUCAGAAGUCUUUCAGUGCGCAUCCGGCACACACAUGCCCCGCGCUCUCCGCGAGCUUCCGGGUCAAGGUGUUGGUUGCUGCUUCACGUUUCACAGUUUCGAGCGCCGUCGUUCUUCAUAGCCGUAGACAUGCACGACUGACGCGGGGACUCGUGAGGUUCUGGGGUGCGAGAGACAUUUCCCUCACUACAAAGCCUCCCUUCUUCAGCACCAUCUGUUGGGGGCCGAAUCAACGCGUCCAUCUUCAACUUUUCCUGUCGCUCUUCCCUGAAAUGCUCUCCCAGUUCAUUGGCUUCUGCACUGUCUUCUGCUCCCUCGCUGUAGAGGCCGCUUUCUCGCACUCUGACUUCCUUGUCUCUGUGUCCGGUAGCUCGGAAAAAGGGCAGAGGUCCUACGCAUGCCCAGCAGCGAUUCGACGCCAGAAGGGAGGUUGAGCUGACACGCAAGAGAACGUGGACUCGGGAACAGAGACCUCAAGUCAACGACUCUUUGGUGCCUUGCUUUUGGACCGGUUCUGCGCCCGGAAGGAACCGACACUGUUAAUCGCUGAAAGCCGUCUGAGAUAGCUCGAGGACCGGGAGAUCACGCUAACAACGCGGAUCUUCGACUCGGUAAAAACGAGUAGUCCGACUCUAGAACGCUUUCCUUGCAGUCGGCGACGGGAGAGAAGCCUUUCGGAGAAACGGUCCCCGAGAGAAAAUCACAGCGUGCAGCAAGAGAUACUUCAUGCUUCUCGGUUCGUCCACGAAGACGUCUAGCUAUUUGUGGAGAAGCGGCCUGUGCAGUGGCAGCGAGG